AUGGCCGUUAUGCUGCCUGACCUACUGGCUACCUCCACCUGCCUUCCUGCCAAGCCCAGUGUGCCCGGCAACAUCCAGCCCAGUGAUUCCUCAUUUGGUGGUCUCCAUCGCCACCUCCUGGACAACAUUAUUCUGGCAGCACCAGGCUCGGUCUCUGCAGCAUGCUGCCUGACCUAUUGGCUACCUCCACCUGCCUUCCUGCCAAGCCCAGUGUGCCCGGCAACAUCCAGCCCAGUGAUUCCUCAUUUGGUGGUCUCCAUCGCCACCUCCUGGACAACAUUAUUCUGGCAGCACCAGGCUCGGUCUCUGCAGCAUCUACCCUCCAACCUCCCGUCUCUUCCCCAGCAGGACAACGACGAGUAUUUCGAGCCAAAGGAUGAGAACCUGGUGCGGGGAAACUGGUCCUUGAAGGCUGACUACAUGCUCUCAGUGGUUGGCUUCACUUUGGGGCUGGGCAACCUCUGGCGUUUCCCUUACCUGGCGUACAAGAAUGGAGGAGGGGCUUUCCUCAUUCCCUACACAAUCAUGAUGGCAAUUGCCGGAGUGCCACUGGUCUUCCUGGAAUCUGCUUUGGGACAGUCUUCCAGCCUGGGACCUCUGAAAGUGUGGAAAGUGGAUCCCAUCCUACAAGGUUUGGGGGUCCUGUCAGUCAUUCUGUCAAUACUUCAAACCAUCUACUACAACAUCAUCAUCAGCUGCAACCUGUUCUACCUUUUCUCGUCCUUCCAUUCAUUCCUGCCGUGGGCGGACUGCUUCAGCUGGUGGGGUAGAAAUGAAUCCUGUGCCAAAGGUAAUGUGUUAACUUCUUGUGCACAAAUCAUUACAAAGUCAGCAAGUGAAGUUUACUGGGAUGAGAAAGUUUUACGACGCUCAUCUUCAAUUGAUCACAUUGGGAAGUUAAACUGGGAUUUGGCCCUUUGCCUCCUCCUGGCCUGGCUGAUGGUUUUUGUUGCUGUAUCUAAAGGAAUAAAAUCUUCAGGGAAGGUGGUUUACUUCACCAUGACGUUCCCUUAUUUCGGUCUGAUUUUACUUCUGAUCCAAGGGGCAACCCUGGAUGGGGCUGACAAAGGGAUCGACUUCUACUUUGGAAGCCACUCAGACUUCUCCAAACUGGCUGAUGCUGAGGUUUGGAAAGAUGCUGCAACACAAACUUUCUAUUCCCUGUCGGUGUCCUUGGGGGGCCUGAUGGCACUGUCAUCCUACAACAAAUUCCACAAUGACUGUUACACGGAUGCCAUCAGUAUCUGCAUUAUCGAUGAUGCCACAAGCGUGUUUGCUGGAUUAGCCAUCUUUUCCAUUCUUGGACACUUGACUCAUGAUACAAAUGUGCCAGUUUCGGAAGUGACACAUUCAGGUUUCGGAUUGGCUUUCAUCAUCUGCCCAGAAGCUCUCCCUCACUUGCCAAUUUCUCCUUUUCGGUCCAUUAUAUUUUUCUGCACACUUAUCGCACUGGGGCUUUCCAGUCAGUCUGUAUUAGUAGGUAACAACUGUGGUUCCACUGAGUCUGGAUUUAGCCCAGCGGUGAAGAAGGCACUGCACUAA